AUGCCUAAAAUCAUUCUCGUUACAGGUGCAAAUUCCUUUAUCGGUGGGUGGAUAAUUAAAUAUCUACUUGAAAAAGGGUACAAUAUUCGUGGAACAGUUCGAGCUCAAGCUAAAGAAUCGCAAGUUCUGGACGGCAUGUCCAAGGAUCAUCAAAGUCGAAUUUCAUUCGUACAUAUCGGUGAUAUCACCACAGAUUCAUUCGAUGAGGCUGUUCAAGGUAUUGAUGGUAUUAUUCAUGUUGCUUCGCCAGCUAAUUAUAAAUUUACGAAUCCAGAAAAAGAGAUGCUCCUGCCAGCAAUCAAUGGAACCGUAAGAAUUUUAAAGGCUGCUCAUGAAUACAAUAAAAGAAAUCAAACUAAAAUUAAACGAGUAGUGAUUACAUCAUCAUUCGUUGCGAUUCUUGAUCUGAGUAAAGGACUUCGACCUGGCUAUUCCUAUACUGAAAAAGAUUGGUGUUCAUUGACUUACGAACAAGGUGUUACUGCAAUAAAUGAUCCGUUCACGGCUUAUCGUGCAUCAAAAGUGUGUGCUGAACGUGCUGCAUGGGAAUUUAUUGAAAAAGAAAAACCUUCGUUUACAAUUGCAACUAUCUGUGUACCGUUGGUUCUUGGCCCAAGCGUUAAUGGUUUCAAGUCAUUAGAUGAUAUACAUACAUCCAAUGCCUAUAUAUGGUCGCUGAUUACUAAUGGUAAAGAUGCUAAAGUUGUACAUAUACCAAAGGAGAUUGAUGUGAGAGAUGUGGCUUAUACACAUGUAGCAGCUUUAGAACGAAUGACAGAGACAAAUGAACGCUAUCUAAUAGCAGCACCAACAAGUUGGAAUAAUCAGGAAAUAGUCGACAUUAUUCACGAAAGUACUGUUAUUCCAAAAAGUAUCAAGGAUACAACACCGAUUAGUACAAAAGAUCAACGGCUGCCGGAUCAUUAUGACAUCGAUAGUUCCAAAGCACAAAAAGAAUUGGGUGUUACGUAUAUUCCCUUCAAGAAAACAAUUGAAGAUUUAAUGUUACAAUUUGCUAAAUUACAGGAAAUAUUGGGGAAUUAA